AUGAGUGAUAACAUUGGCAGUAUUAUUAACAACGGGCCACCGGCAGCAUCGGGCAGCAGCAUCGAGGCGCAGUGCGAAAGCAUUCGAUUAACGUCGGAAACGGCACGCAAUCAGUGUCUUGCGCAAGGAUUGCCGACGGCGCCGGGGGUGCCGCCGUCGACGGUCACGUCGCUACCGGUGCCGGGUGGCGGCCCAUCGAUUCUGGCCAGCGUGGCCACCGAGGCACGUCAAUCGAUGCAACACCAACACCUUCCGGCCGGCCCUGGCUCGGCGCAGCAGCUAACGUGCCCGGCACCGAUCAACGUACGCAACAACGGCAUCGUAUUCACAUGGGGCCGCAAGAUGGGCAAAAAGUUCGAUCUCCUUCGCCGUGGCAGCGACGCACACAAGCUGGCCGUCCCCGGUAGCGUGGCACUGAUCGCGGUAGCCCCACCGGUAGUCCCGCCAUCUGCAUCGUCCCCAUCAUCAUCACCAUCCUCGUCGUCAUCGUCGUCCUCGGGGUACUCGAGCAACUUCGAGCCCAACUCGAUCGUGGCCGAAAGCGUGAAGAAGACGAAGCCCACGCCACCAUUAAAAGUGCAGCAUCAAAGCCAAAACCAGCAGCAGCAGCAGCAGCGGACAGCGAACGGCGAUCGGUGCUCCAGUCAUGAUCCUCUCGUGAAGCUCAACUCGGAGCGCUCGUCGGGCACGUUCCGGAACUUCUUCUACCGCAUGGGAUCCACCGGAAUGCUCAAUCACAAGUCGAGCCACUACCAGAAGCAGCAGUUCAUACAGCAACCGCAACAGCAGCAACAUCAACAACGUCAGCCGCCGCAUCAACUGGCGAUGGCGGCGAUGUCACAGUCGGGUGAUCUGACCCGAGUGGACAACCACCACCAACAGCAGCAGCAGCAGCAGCUCCUGUACCGUAGCAGUUCCACCAGCCAGCUCAACACCUCGUCCUACGUCAAGUGUGACGACCCCACGGACGGUAUCAAUCUCGCCAACGGCGGUCACUCAAAGACGGCGGCCAGCUGCUCCUCUCAGCUGCACCUCAGUGGACUAACCGACCCAGUCACCACGGCCAAUGGCCAACCGAGCGCUUCCGGUGUGGCGACAGCGCCCAACGCAUCCGCCACGAAGUCGUCCAGUUGUGAUGACAUCGCGCGCGUUGGCCAAUCAACAUCCUCCACGAACCAGCAGCAGCAACAGCUCGCUGACACCGGCUCCAAGAAGAACCACUUCCCGUACGCGUUCCUCCGCUCGAAGCUAUCGGUGCUGCCGGAGGAGAACGGUGGCUCGGUCAUCAACUACAGCCGCAUCAAGGAGAACCUGCUGCGGGCCGGGAACCGCGGUUCGAUCGUGAGCCUGCGCUCCGAUCUGGACAGUGUGUCGAUCACCGACUCGCAGCUCAACAUCUCAACCCUGGACAGUUCGCCCGACUGCGACGGCCAGCGCUCGAUCGUGAGCGGCGAGACCAACCUGGGCGGGCCGAUGUCACGGAACAACUCGAUCAAAACGCUCACCGACACGGAGCACGGGUUCGUGCUGAACUACCAGCGGCUGAGCAGCUGUUUGAGCAGCAACGAGUCCGGGUACGAUAGCGAUGGGCGCCACGCCGAGGAUAAGAUCGAUGACCAGAGCAUCAAUCUGUCGCUGGUCAGCAGCGUCAGUGGGUCGGCCACCGGGGUAGGGGUGGUAGGUCCCGGCUGUAGUGACUCGUACGCGGACGCUAUCCGCACGAAGGACGCAUCGUACGUGUUUGGCAGCCGGCGGCGGCUUUCGUCUUCGUCGUCGUCGAUCGGUGGCAGCUUCGAUUGUGGCACGGUACGGCGCCGGUUCCGGCAGAUCAAGCUGGUGAAGCAGCAGGCGGAUGAUACGAUCGGGAUCGAGCUGACACCGCAAACGAUCGGCCUGGACGAGGGCGAGUGCGAGACGCGCUAUCUGGUCACCGAGAUCGACCCGGAAGGCAUUGCGUACAAGGACGGCCGAUUGCGUGUCGGCGACGAGAUUGUGAACGUAAACGGGCACCAUUUACGUGGCCUGCAGUCUCCCAGCACGGUCCAGCGGAUCCUCUCGACAUUUGUCAACAAUGUCGUAGACCUUGUCAUUGCACAUGACGAGUUAACUACGUUCAGCUCUGACGCCAACCGAAAGAUCAAGAUGGACGCCCGGCCCGGCCCGGCCGGCGGUGGUCCUGCGGUGGUCAGUUCCGGUGCGAUAUCGAUCACCUCCACCUGCUCGACGGCGUCUUCGUCGCCCAUCGCUAGCACCUCUACCAGCACCGGUAGCACCGACCCGUCGUCGCCGUCGUCGCCCUCUUCGUCCUCUUCCGGCUCACCGAGAACGGGGUCCGGCGGGUGCCCCGGUAAACCGUUCCCACUGACCCCGAUCUACGCCCCGUCCGACUACGUGCCGGUGUACGCGAACCGCAUCUCGAUCUCGAACACGAUCUGCGACGACGAAAAGUGGCAGAUGAUCAGCAAGCAGCGCCUGGAAGCGCUGGCCAAGAACGGCUACUCGCGGAUCCUCGGUUCCCAGCGGCUCAUCAAGGAUAGCGACGAGGAGGAACCGCUGCCGGCCACGGGUAAAACGCUCGAUCCGAACGAAACCGGCCUCUACUCGCUGUACCGGCCGAUUUCGCACGGCAACAUCCACCAAUCGAUACGGCACCUUACGAACGGGGACGCCGCCGGUGGACGGGCAUCGAUUGCGGAGGCACCUCCGGCCGUGAUGCAGGUGCAGGUGAUCUCCGACACGAUCCGGCGCCACGUGCCGAUGCGCCAGAAGGCGACACUGAAGAGCGAGGAAGACCUACACCGGUCAGUGCACCGGAUUCGGCUUGCCUCGGACAGUAUGGGCUCACAGGACGGGCUCGGUGGGAUCGGUGGCUCGGAAGGCAAUCCGUUGCAACGGUCCAAAACGGAGAACAACAUCAGUGGCACCGGGGCGGACGAGAUGGUGGACGGCUCCGGCGGGCUAGACGGCACCAAGUUCGAGUCCGGCGUGCGGAUACUGAUCAACGAGGAAGGAUCGUCCUACAUCGAAGGAAUUCACAAGUGCAUCUACCUGACGGUCACCUUCUACAAAGGAAGCGGCAUGAAGUCGCUCGGCUUCAGCAUCGUCGGUGGCCGGGAUUCGCCGCGUGGCAACAUGGGCAUCUACGUGAAGACCGUUUUCCCGAGCGGCCAGGCCGCGCUCGAUGGGACACUGAAGGCCGGAGACGAAAUACAGUCCAUCAACGAGGACGCAGUGCAGGGUAUGAGCCACGCCGAGACGAUUGCACUGUUCAAGAACGUUAAGGAAGGUCCGGUUGUGCUCAAGCUGGCCAGAAGACGCUAUCAUCGCGCCAAAUCCGUGGACAAUCUGCCGAACUGAGAUGCAGUGCCGCGCGACGAACGAUUUCAGCGAUUUCCAUCCUACACCGAGACCGAAUUAUUUAUUAUUCUUCCCACGCGCGCGCAGCGCUCGGACGCGAGCGACACACUUCCAUUCUAGUCACCUGUUCCGCUUGUUUGUCUUGAUUUUUAUUUUUGCAAUCGUAGUUUUGCCUCAUCAUGUUUUCAUGUUCGCCUUACGACACACUACUUUUAGAUUUCAAAGCGUUUCGCGCACCAUCUUAGAUAUCUGCCGCACGAUCC